UUUCAUUUAAUUUAUAGAAUAAAAGCGAAGGGUGCCGAGUUGGGAAAAAAGAGAAGGUUUGAGUUAAACUGUAAAAGAAACGUAGUUUAUGGGAUGCAAGAAAAGAAAAAGAAGUGGUUAAAAGAGUCUUAUUAGGGUUUUAAUUUUAUUAUAAAUGUGAGUGAUUAGGACAUUUCAGGGCAGAACCCGCCUGUGUGUCUUGCCUCUCCUCCAUGGCUGGGAGUGAAUUUGCCAGCAGCUCGGUAAUAAUAAUAACAUAUAACAGCACGUCUUUUUAAAUGCUGCACAGAGUGACAGGCAUGCCAAAGGGAGGGAAAAACUACCUAUUGCUCCUGUUGCAGCGCGAUCGUUCCCCUCCCAGGCGCGUUGAAAUGACAUCUCCUUCAGGUGGUUUAAAGUGAGGAGGAGAGAGGAAGAAGAAAAAACGCUUUGAGAGUGUGUGAGUUGUGUUUUGGAGUGUGUUUGGGAGGCAGAGAGGAGACACCGGCUGAUGCUAAAUGACACUGCUCAUAUCUUUCCCUGUCUCUUUAUUAUCUUCCAGAUACGUCACGACGGUUCAAACAGCUACCGGCUCAUGCAGCUCGGUUGCCUGGAGUCGGUGGCCAACUCCUCGGUCGCCUACUCCUCCUCGUCGCCGCUCACCUACCCAGCGCCGGCGGGGACGGAGUUCGCCUCGCCCUACUUCUCGGCCAACCACCAGUACACGCCCCUGCACCACCAGUCCUUCCACUACGAGUUCCAGCACUCCCACCCGGCCGUGGCCCCGGAGGCCUACGGGCUGAACUCGCUGCACUCCGGCCAGUACUACCAGCAGAUCCACCACGGGGAGCCCGCCGACUUCAUCAACCUCCACAGCGCGCGCUCGGCCCUCAAGUCCUCGUGCCUGGACGAGCAGCAGCGGCGCGAGCUCGGCUGCCUCGACGCUUACCGGCGCCAUGACUUGUCGCUGAUGACGUCACACGGCUCUCAAGCCUACGGCGUCGGCAUGCACCACCCGGACCAGAGGCUGCUGCCCGCCGCCGGCCUGGGCCUCCCUCCUCCGGCGGCGGACGACCUGCAGGGCUCCGUGGAGGCGCAGUGUGGGCUCGUCCUGAACGGCCAAGGGGGCGUCAUCCGGAGAGGGGGGACGUGCGUGGUGAAUCCCACAGACCUGUUCUGCUCCGUACCGGGUCGCCUCUCGCUGCUCAGCUCCACCUCCAAGUACAAAGUCACCAUCGCCGAGGUGAAAAGACGACUUUCACCGCCAGAGUGCCUCAACGCCUCCCUGCUGGGCGGCAUCCUGCGCAGAGCAAAGUCCAAGAACGGCGGUCGGUGUCUUCGUGAGAAACUCGAUCGUUUAGGCCUCAACCUGCCGGCAGGACGGAGGAAAGCUGCCAACGUCACGCUGCUCACCUCCCUGGUGGAAGGUGAGGCGCUCCACCUGGCGAGGGACUUCGGCUACACCUGUGAGACCGAGUUUCCCAGCAAGGCGGUGGGAGAACAUUUGGCGAGGCAGCACAGCGAGCCGAAAGAGACCAACGCACGCAAGAAAAUGGUUCUGGCAACAAAGCAAAUCUGUAAGGAGUUCCAGGACCUGCUGAGCCAGGACCGCUCUCCUCUGGGCUCCUCCCGGCCGACCCCCAUCCUGGACCUGGACAUCCAGAGACACCUCACACACUUCAGCCUGAUCACCCACGGCUUCGGCACGCCGGCGGUCUGCGCGGCGCUCAGCACCUUCCAGACGGUCCUCAGCGAGAUGCUCAACUACCUGGACAAAAACUCGAGCGGCAAAACGAGCGGGCCAAACGAGCAGCAGAUCAACAGCAGCUCGGAAAAGACGCAGCUCCGGAAAACAGCCGAAUCCCAGAACAAAGACGGGAAGUCAGAAAAGACUGAGUAGCGUCUCUUACCCCCCAACACUCACACACCUGGUUGCCGUGCCUUGGAGCGCUGAAUCUUAGGAGCGUAUCUGUGUAUGCGUGCGUGCGUGCGUGCGUGUGUGUGUGUGUGCGUGCGUGUGUGUGUGUGUGUGUGUGUGUGUGUGACUCCCACACAUUUUGAAUAACUUCUUAAGGAAAUAUUUAUUCCUAUUUAUUUAUCUUAUGUGGAAGUCUAAUACUAAUUUAAGUUUCCUGAAUAUAGAGAGUGAGAAUACACUAAAUACAAAAUAUUACAAAGUAUUUUUGGUCUAGUUUCUGGUGUAAACAACUAAAUACAUUUGAAAUGAGACAAAACUGACUUUAAAAGUAACUUUUCAGCUCUUACAAAUUAUAGAAAACGUAUUGCGUGAAACUAAUCUUCGAUUCAAAACGAGCUCCUACUGUACAUCUUAUUGAAAAGUUACUUAUUUUGUUUUAUUUCAAGUGCACUAAAAUAUUUGCACUAGGGACUCAACCAAAUAUACU